AGACUUAUUGUCUUCGACUUCAUUGUUGAUUGUGAGCAACUGUCGUUAUUCUAGCCAUGCAAAGAAGGAUGAGAAGUACGAGUAGCAAUGGUGGACCGCCGACGAGAUCAUCAACCUGGCUGUGUUGGAAGGUUCUAGCUCUCCUGUGCACUGCCACAACUUUCACUGCAGCCUUUACGCUGCAAAUGGAUUACAAACCUCCGGUAAAAUCGUCCGUUAGAAAGAUCUACGACAGUAGGUUUCCGCGGGAUACGUCCCCAUCGCGUAGCGGUAGCACCAGUGGCUCCGGGAGCGGGAAGCCGCGCAAAGACGAGCUGCCGUCCCGCUCUUCCAGUGCGAAGUCCGCUUAUGCGGGAGCGUUGAGUGCACCCUUACCUAUCAGUGGAGCCAGUCGUAUGACGCAGAGUUUCGAAAGGCGGAUGCGGGAUCUCGUAUUGGGAGGAAAGGAUGUUGUGAGAAGAUCUUCGACGGUGGCACCGACUGCUCCGAACACCCGCAAGUUGCCCUCCAAUGUUCUGACAGUGGAAUCUUUGCAAGAUUACAAGAAAGUUGUGGCGGAUGAACCGGAAAAAAUGGUAGCGGUACGGUUUUACGCACCUUGGUGUAAGGCUUGCAAAGCUGUCGCCCCGCAUUUUUAUCACAUGGCCGUCAAAAAUCCAAAUACUAUCUUUGUCGAUGUUCCCGUCACGAACGACAACGCGUCGUUACACCAGGGCCUAGGUGUGCCUUCGUUGCCGUUUGGACAUAUUUACCACCCAACGGCUGGACUCGUCGAAGAGGUACGGUUAACACGCAAGUUUGUUCCCGAAUUUGCGAAAACAUUGGAGCACUAUAUCCGUGGAAGCUGUCCUUUGCCAGAAGACUUUGCCGAACCAACUGCUACAGCGUGA